GAAGCAGCUCCGGUGGGCAUCACCCUGGAGUCCACCUCACACAAGAUGCGUCUCGCUGCCCUGGUACCUCUGCCCCGCAUGCCGGGAACCGGCCAGCCCGGGGUGGCCAUGCUCUUCCUACUGGGCUUCUUCUUCUUCUUCGUCCAGCUCGGCCCGGCUGGGGUGGCGGCGGUCAAGUGCAAGCAGUGCUUUACUGUGACGGGAAAGGAGUGUCACGCUCCCAAGAAAUUCUGCGAGGCAAGAAGGGGCGAGUCCUGUUUGACCGUAUCGACGUACCGGAUAGAAGGAGAAGAAAAACUUGGAUUCGUCUCCCGGUUUAAAGGAUGCUCGUCCAGCUGUGAGGAACAGGUUCUCCAGGGGGAAGAAUACAUUAUACAAAUCAUGUGCUGCAAGAAUAACUGUAACUAGUUGAGCCACCAGAGUCCAGUCUCUGGCCCAGGGCCUAUUCGACGACUCCUGUCUCCCAGCCUGUAUCCCUUGACCACUCUGCCCACUCCUGGUUUUCAGCUUGAUUGUCCCUGUCCAGAUUGGGGUUAGGGGGUUGCUAAAGGGGUGUCCAGGAUUUGGGGGUGGCCCCCCAACUCUCUCCCUAGGCCUGAACCCGGCAAAUCAGGGCUGGGGCUGCAGUAGGGGGUGGUACAUCCACUCCAAGGAGGACACCAAGGGGCUGGGAAACUUAGGAAACAUCUCUCCAAGAGAAGACCCCCUUCCUCAUCUCCCCACCCUCCGCAACCCCUGACUUUCCAACUCCGGAAUAAAAGCCAAGGCUAACCCAGAGCA